CGUGGAGGGAGGGCGGGCGGGCAGGAGGCGGAGGGCGGAGGAGGAAGAGGAUGAGGAAGGGGGCCAGUUGCAUCCCACUUUCACAAUGGGAAAGUGAAACGCACCAGCGCACCAACCUCUCCAGCCCUCCCCGCCCGCCGCGCUCCCCCCACCUCCGUGCCUCCCCUUGAGAGAGCGACCGCGCCGCCCAGAGGAACUCUCCGGAGAAGAAGGGCGAGGAGGAGGAGGAGGAGGAGGAGGAGGAAGCGGGGCCGGAGCGCGCAGGGCUUGCCGCCGCCGCACAGGCUGCCGGAGCGAGCCCGCCGCGCGCCACCCUCCCCGCUCCUUCCCGGGCGAGCGGCGGGGAUGGGGCGGCCGCGGGAGCCUGAGCGCGCGCAGGAGCCGCCGCCGCCCGCGUCUCCGUGGCCGCGCGCCUGAGCCGCCGCCGCCACCUCGCGCCCUGCCCGGGGGCGACCCCCCGAGCCCCAUGGAGGUCUCCCGGAGGAGAGCGCCGCCGCGCCCCCCGCGCCCCGCCGCGCCGCUGCCCCUGCUCGCCUGCCUGCUGGCUCUGGCGGCGCCCGGCCGGGGCGCGGACGAGCCGGUGUGGCGGGCGGAGCAAGCCAUCGGAGCCAUCGCCGUGAGCCGGGCGGACGGCGUGUUCGUGGCGAGCGGCAGCUGCCUGGACCAGCUGGACUACAGCCUGGAGCGCCGGCUCUCGCGCCUGUACCGGGACCGCGCGGGCAACUGCACGGAGCCCGUCUCGCUGGCGCCCCCCGCGCGGCCCCGGCCGGGGAGCAGCUUCAGCAAGCUGCUGCUACCCUACCGCGAGGGGGCGGCCGGCCUCGGGGGGCUGCUGCUCACCGGCUGGACCUUCGGCCGCGGCGCCUGCGAGGUGCGGCCCCUGGGCAACCUGAGCCUCAGCUCCCUGCGCAACGGCACCGAGGUGGUGUCCUGCCACCCGCAGGGCUCGACGGCCGGCGUGGUGUUCCGCCUCGGCCAGGGGUCGCCCUGGUACCUGGCCGUGGCCGCCACCUACGCGCUGCCCGAGACCGAGACGUCGAGCCGCUGCAACCCGGCGGCGUCCGACCGCCAGACGGCCAUCGCCAUCAAGAACACGGAGCGGCGCAGCUUCGACACGGACGAGCUGGGCCGCCUCAAGCUGCAUGGCGGGGGCGCGGGCAGCCUGCACUUCGUGGACGCCUUCCUCUGGAACGCCAGCGUCUACUUCCCCUACUACCCCUACAACUACACCAGCGGCCACGCCGCCGGCUGGCCCAGCAUGGCGCGCAUCGCGCAGAGCGUCGAGGUCAAGUUCCAGGGCCAGGCGGCCCUCGACUGCGGCCACGGGCACCCCGACGGCCGCCGCCUGCUCCUGUCCUCCAGCCUGGUGGAGGCCCUGGGCGUCUGGGCGGGCGUGUUCAGCGCGGCCACCGGGGAGGGCCCGGAGAGGCGCUCCCCCGCCACCACGGCGCUGUGCCUCUUCAGGAUGAGCGAGAUCCAGGCGCGCGCCAAGAACUGCUCCCGCGACUUCGAGGGCCCCGAGCCCAGCUGCAAAGAAGAUCAACCUGAGAAAGUGCAGCCGAUCGCGCCGUCCACCAUGAUCCACUCGGACCUGACGUCUGUGUACGGCACCGUGGUGAUGAACAGGGCCGUUCUGUUCCUGGGGACUGGAGACGGCCAGUUACUUAAGGUUAUUCUUGGUGAGAAUUUGACCUCAAAUUGUCCGGAGGUUAUCUAUGAAAUUAAAGAAGAAACACCUGUUUUUUACAAACUCGUUCCACAUCCUGAGAAGAAUAUCUACAUCUACCUAACAGCUGGAAAAGAGGUGAGGAGAGUUCGAGUUGCGAACUGCCAUAAGCAUAAGUCCUGUUCGGAGUGCCUAGCAGCGGCAGACCCUCACUGCGGCUGGUGCCAUUCGCUACAGAGGUGUACUUUUAAAGAUGAUUGUGUACAUCCAGAGAACUCAGAAAACUGGCUGGAUAUUUCGUCAGGAGCUAAAAUGUGCCCUCAAAUUCACAUCUCUCAAAGAAGUAGAGAUAAGACUACAGUGACGUUAGUGGGAAGCGUCUCUCCAAGACACUCGGGGUGCGUGGUGAAGAACGUGGACACGGGCAGGGAGCUCUGCAAGGGUAAAAGUGCGCCAAAUGAGACCUGCACCUGCAGCAUCCCGACCACAGCCUCCUACAAAGAUGUUUUAGUUGUCGACGUGACGUUCUCCUUCGGCUCUUGGCAUUUAUCAAAAAGAUUCAACUUUACCAACUGCUCGUCAUUCAGACAAUGCCCAGCGUGUAUUGGAACUGGCUGUGCUUGGUGUAAAAGUGAGAGAAAGUGUAUCCACCCCUUCACAGCUUGCAGCCCUUCUGAUUACUACAGGAACCAGGAACCUUGUCAAGCUGCUGUUGAGAAGCCGGCACCAUCCAAGACAGCAGGAGGCGGCGGGUUCGAGGGGAUUAAGACGAACAGAACCACCCGGGGCGGGCAGGUCUUCUCUGUUAAGUCCAUUGAGCCACAGAAAAUAUCAACCUUAGGGAAAAGUAACGUGAUAGUCACAGGAGCAAACUUCACCCGGGCAUCUGAUAACAUCGUCAUGAUUCUGAAAGGAACCAGUACUUGUGAUAAGGAUGUAGUGCGGGUGAGCCACGUGCUAAAUGACACCCAUAUGAAAUUCUCUCUGCCAUCAAGCCGCAAAGAAAUGAAGGAUGUGUGUAUCCAGUUCGAUGGCGGGAACUGCUCUUCUGUGGGGUCCUUGUCUUACAUUGCUCUGCCACGCUGUUCCCUCAUCUAUCCUGCUACCACCUGGAUCAGUGGUGGUCAAAAUAUAACCAUCAUGGGCAGAAAUUUUGAUGUAAUUGACAACUUAAUCAUUUCACAUGAGUUGAAAGGAAACAUAAAUGUCUCCGAACAGUGUGUGGCCACGAACUGCAGUUUCUCAGCCCCCACUUUAAAGACCUCAAAAGUGCGUACGAAUGUGAUGGUGAAGCUGAGAGUUCAGGAGACCUACUUGGAUUGUGGAAGCUUGCAGUACCUAGAGGACCCCAGAUUUACAGGGUACCGGGUGGACCCCGAGGUGGACACGGAAUUGGAAGUAAAACUUCUGAAAGAAAAUGACAACUUCAACAUUUCCAAGAAAGACAUUGAAAUUACUCUCUUCCAUGGGGAAAACAAGCAGUUGAAUUGCAGCUUCGAGAACAUUACUAGAAAUCAAGACCUCACCACCAUCCUCUGCAAAGUCAAAGGCAUCAGAGCUGCAAGCAGCAUCGCCACCUCGUCCAAGAGAGUUCACGUCAAACUGGGGAACUUGGAGCUUGAUGUGGAGCGGGAAUCAGUUGCUUCCCCUCUGUACUUUCUGAUCGGGCUUCCCAUCUUGCUCGUCAUCGUCAUUUUUGCAGUGGCCGUGGGGGUGACCAGACACAAGUCGAAGGAGCUGAGUCGCAAGCAGAGCCAACAGCUGGAGCUGCUGGAGAGCGAGCUCCGGAAGGAGAUCCGUGACGGCUUUGCUGAGCUGCAGAUGGAUAAAUUGGAUGUGGUUGAUAGUUUUGGAACUGUUCCCUUCCUUGACUACAAACAUUUUGCUCUGAGAACUUUCUUCCCCGAGUCAGGUGGCUUCACACACAUCUUCACUGAAGAUAUGCAUAACAGAGAUGCCAAUGCCAAGAAUGAGAGUCUCACAGCUUUGGAUGCCCUAAUUUGUAAUAAAAGUUUCCUUGUUACUGUCAUCCACACCCUUGAAAAACAGAAGAAUUUUUCAGUAAAGGACAGGUGUCUGUUUGCCUCCUUCUUAACCAUCGCACUGCAAACCAAGCUGGUCUAUCUGACCAGCAUCCUGGAGGUGCUGACCAGGGACUUGAUGGAGCAGUCCAGUAACAUGCAACCUAAACUCAUGCUGAGACGCACUGAGUCCGUGGUUGAAAAACUCCUCACAAACUGGAUGUCCGUCUGCCUUUCUGGCUUUCUGCGGGAGACUGUUGGAGAGCCGUUCUAUUUGUUGGUGACGACUUUAAACCAGAAAAUAAACAAGGGUCCUGUAGACGUGAUCACGUGCAAGGCCCUGUACACCCUGAACGAAGACUGGCUGCUGUGGCAGGUGCCGGAGUUCAGCACGGUGGCGUUAAACGUCGUCUUUGAAAAGAUCCCGGAAAACGACAGUGCAGAUGUCUGUCGGAAUAUUUCAGUCAAUGUUCUUGACUGUGAUACUAUCGGCCAAGCCAAAGAAAAGAUUUUCCAAGCAUUCCUCAGCAAAAACGGCUCUCCGUAUGGACUUCAGCUGAAUGAGAUUUGUCUUGAGCUGCAGGUGGGCACACGGCAGAAAGAACUGCUGGACAUCGACAGCUCCUCCGUGAUCCUGGAAGACGGAAUCACCAAGCUCAACACCAUCGGCCACUACGAGAUAUCAAAUGGAUCCACUAUAAAAGUCUUUAAGAAGAUAGCAAAUUUUACUUCAGAUGUGGAAUACUCGGAUGACCACUGCCAUUUGAUUUUACCAGAUUCGGAAGCAUUCCAAGAUGUGCAAGGAAAGAGACAUCGAGGGAAGCACAAGUUCAAAGUAAAAGAAAUGUAUCUGACAAAGCUGCUGUCGACCAAGGUGGCAAUCCACUCUGUGCUUGAGAAACUUUUUAGAAGCAUUUGGAGUUUACCUAACAGCAGAGCCCCGUUUGCUAUAAAGUACUUUUUUGACUUUUUGGACGCCCAGGCUGAAAACAAAAAAAUCACCGAUCCUGAUGUUGUGCAUAUUUGGAAAACAAACAGCCUUCCUCUUCGCUUUUGGGUCAACAUCCUGAAGAACCCCCAGUUCGUGUUUGACAUUAAGAAGACGCCGCACAUAGAUGGCUGCCUGUCCGUGAUCGCCCAGGCGUUCAUGGACGCGUUUUCUCUCACGGAGCAGCAACUUGGCAAGGAAGCACCAACUAAUAAACUUCUCUAUGCCAAGGAUAUCCCAACCUACAAAGAGGAAGUAAAAUCUUAUUACAAAGCAAUCAGGGAUUUGCCUCCAUUGUCACCUUUAGAAAUGGAAGAAUUCUUAACUCAGGAAUCUAAGAAACAUGAAAAUGAAUUUAAUGAAGAAGUGGCCUUGACAGAAAUCUACAAAUACAUCGUAAAAUAUUUUGAUGAGAUUCUAAAUAAACUAGAAAGAGAACGAGGGCUGGAAGAAGCUCAGAAACAACUCUUGCAUGUAAAAGUCUUAUUUGAUGAAAAGAAGAAAUGCAAGUGGAUGUGAGCACUGGCUUAAUCUGGCAAAGUUCUUCAGACGACUUGGGAGCAAAGGCUGCUUGGGCUACUCUGUGUCGUUGAUUUUUUAAGUUUGCACAUAGGUUCCACUCUGAGCACUGUCUUUAAGAGACCAAGGCACAUGCACAGCUUUUAGAAAGCAUACCAACUAGUGUGCCUGUGCGUAUACGGGGAACCCUUCUGUAAAUAGAGCUGAAGUGGUUGUUGCAAACAGCCUCCUUGUUUACAGAGAAUUCGGGGCCAGUAAGCAAGUGUCAGUAUCGAAACUACAGUCUCCACUUAAGCACAAUGAUAUAAGUGGUUUUGUUUGAAAACUAGUGAUGUACCACUUGUGACUACACGGCACCUCCGCAGAAAAGGGACGCUGCCAGUGAUCAAAACAAAAUGUGAAAAGAGUCCGUUGGAAACAAGGUGGAGGUGUUAGGGCAUCCUGGGAGGUUUGCAGCGUUGACUUUCCCCAGUAGUUCUCGGAAAGCUGGCUGCAGAAUUUGGUAGUGUAUACACUUAGCAUUUGUGAGUGUGUGUGUGCGUGUGUGUUUUUAAACCAAAAACUAACAGUGUUGAAGCAUUGUUGAAAGGGCUGUGUUUUUCAGUGGUCACUCCAUCCACCUCGCCUCCAUUUCAUUAACGGACUCUAAAGCAAGGAGCAAUAGGCUUCAUGUGAGUUCAACAGCGUUUUACCCACUUUGUCUUAUUUUUUGCAAACUAAAUGUAUUUGAUGGUGGACAUGUUGGAUGUUUAAGAAAAAUCGUUAGUUAACUUUGAUCAGAUCUGUGGAAGAGUCACUCACUCCCCUAAUCCUACAGUUCUAUACUAGUGUCUCCUUGCUUUAGAGUUCUAGUGAACCCCGUGGUUAUAAAUGCUCGUGUGUGAUUAAAAAAAAAAAAAAGAUACAUUUUACAUUUCAUGAAGUUGCUGUUCACACUGGAGUAUUAUAUAUGAAUAUAUAUAGAUAUAUAUUUGAGGUCCAAGGCCUGAAAAAUAUUAGUAUAAAACUUGGUAUCUUAGUCUUACUAUGUACUUUUUGAAAGUAUUCCUCACAAGAGAAUUAAAAGUACUCAUUUUAUUCAUGCCUUUCCUUUUAAAGAAUUCCUAUCCAGUUUACACUGUAGUUUUUUUAUUGCUUAUUUUUAUUCCUGAAUUUUUGCUGCUUAUGACCAAUUUUAAUACCACUGUGUUUUCCUUCUAGUAAGUCAGAAGUACAAUUGGCAACUCUCAGACUUUCCUUGGGGCACCUUCCACCCUUGGUGCGCCACUUCCCAGACUGAGGAAAGAAAUUUUUUCAUGUAGCAAAUACAGCAUUGAUCACACACUCCUUAAAAUCAUUUGCCAAUACUGUAUGGGAUAUCAGGAUUAACUGUGAAUUUGUCUUAGAUAAACGCAACUUAUUUUGCUCCUCAAUCUCUGGUAAAGGUGACACCUCAACAGGUCAGAGAAAAUAAGCAGUUAUUGCCCUGACAGGUACCUUCCCAAACCCAUCGCUUUUGACCAUUGUCUGUUCAGUGGACACACCUCAAAAAACUACCAAAUAGGUUACUUACAAGUAUUAUGGUGAGAGGUCUGGCCCCAUCUCAGGCUGCUACGGUGAUGUAAAAGCGUCCCUCAGAGAACAGUAGCAGGAGAGUUGAGAGCUGGCCAGCGGUAGGAGAGUUGCCCAAAAGACUUCCCCUUUGUUAGGGUACAGAAAUGCUAAGGAAGCUCAACGGAACAGCCGCAGCUUUCUCUGACUCCUGGGCGAAAGCUCCGUGAGGGUGUCCCUGUCCAGCUCUGUGGUACGAGUCCUGUGUGGAGACUCACCUCCGCCUCCAGGAACUGUGCUGCUGGGAACGUUGGGCAAGUCACUUACCUCUUUGUGCCUCAAUUUCUGUGUAAUAUUUCUAUCCUACCUCACUGAGGUGGCGUGAAGAUUCACUAAUAUAUGUAGCGUGUUUGUCAAUCCCCCAGUGAAAAGCACUAUCUAGAUCACAUUUUUGGGUCCCAUUAGCCAAAUGCAGGAAAUGGCCAAAUUAAUUGUGUGCUGGAGACAAUCAGUCACUGGGUCUACAUUAAACAGCAACAGAGAAACAAACUGCAAACAAUUUAUAUUUUCAAGUUUCUUUGACUAUUUUUUUGGUGCAAAACCAUUUAUAAAUUUUUUUUUUCCUAACACUAGUGUCUACAGCAGCACUUAAAAAUUGUUACCUUUUCCGUAAUAGGAAUUUAGAGUCUAUUUCUUAUUGUAUAACUGAUUGAAGCUGUUCUUAGAGAUGAAUGUUUUAAAUGUCUAUAUCAAAAAAUAAACAUUUUGAUGUAAA